AUGAGCGUUGUGGAAAUGCGUCCCAAAACAAUCCAGUCCGACACCCUGCUGUUUUCCAGGGGAAGUGAGACGGUUGUAUCAGAGGCCAUGCAGAGCCCAGUGACCUUUGAAGAUGUGGCUGUGUAUUUCACAGCUGGGCAAGCAGCUCUGCUGGAUCCGAGCCAACGGGCCCUGUAUAGGGAUGUUAUGGUGGAAAAUUAUGAGAAUGUGGUCUCAGUGGGAUUUCUGGCACCAAAGCCAGAGCUCAUUAACCAGCUGGAACAUGGAGAUGACCCGUGGAUGCCAGACUUUGAAGGUUCAGAAGAAGUGAAGGGUUCCCACACCAACUCGGGAUUCCUGGUCCCAGAAUCUGAGGAUAUUACCCAGCUGAAAACAGAAGCCUUGUGGAUGCCAGUUUGUCAGGAAGAAACGAUGAUUGUGGCCACCAACUCGGGACGUCUGAGUCACCAGAGAGUCCACACGGGAGAAAAACCUUAUACAUGCUCAGAGUGUGGAAAGUGUUUUUCCACACACAUUCAAGUUGUGAGGCAUCAGAGAGUUCACUCAGGAGAGAAACCUUACAAAUGUAUGGAAUGUGGAAAGUGCUUUUCCCAAUCGGCUCACCUUAUGAGACAUCUGAGAUGUCACACAGGAGAUAAACCUUACAAAUGUAUGAGGUGUAACAAGUGUUUUGCUGACUCUUCAGCCUUUGCACAACAUCAGAGUGUUCACACUGGAGAGAAACCUUACCAAUGCAUGGAUUGUGGAAGAUGUUUUGCAUACAGCUCAAGCCUCUUGGUACAUAAGAGAACCCACACUGGAGAGAAACCCUAUAAAUGUCUGGAGUGUGGAAAAUGUUUCUGUCAGAAACUGCAUCUCACCAGACACCGCCAAAGAAUCCACACAGGAGAGAAACCUUAUAAAUGUCUGGAGUGUGGGAAAUGUUUUGCACAUGACGCAGGACUUCGAAGUCACCGCAGAAUCCACACGGGGAAAAAACCUUAUACAUGCUCAGAGUGUGGAAAGUGUUUUUCCCAACACAAUCAACUUGUGACGCAUGAGAGAGUUCACACAGGAGAGAAACCUUACAAAUGUCUGGAGUGUGGAAAGUGUUUUUCCCAAUCGGCUCAUCUUAACAACCAUCAGAGACUUCACACAGGAGAGAAACCUUACAAAUGCAUGGAGUGUGGAAAGUGUUAUACUGACUCCUCAUCCUUUGCAACGCAUCAGAGAGUUCACACUGGGGAGAAACCCUACAAAUGCAUGGAGUGUGGAAAAUGUUUUGCAUACAACUCAGCCUUGACGGAUCAUAAGAGAAUCCACACUGGAGAGAAACCCUAUAAAUGCUUAGACUGUGGGAAAAGAUUUGCUCAGCAAUCCAACUUUGUGACACACCAAAGGAUCCACACAAGGGAGAAACCAUAUGAAUGUUCACAGUGUGGCAAAUGUUUCACGCAACAAUCCAACUUAGUGAUACACCAGAGGGUUCACACAGGGGAAAAGCCCUAUGAGUGCAUCAAGUGUGGGAAAUCUUAUUCUCGUAGUUCAGAUUUUGUGAAACACCAAAGAUCCCACACAGGAGAGAAAUCUUACAAGUGCUUGGAGUGUGGGAAAUGUUUUGCUCACCAGUCAGACCUUCAGCAACACAAGAAAGUCCACACUGGGGAGAAACCUUAUGAAUGCUCUGAAUGUGGGAAAUGUUAUGCUUACCGUUCAGCAUGUGUAAAACAUCAGAAGGUUCACUCAGGAGAAAGUGUGGAAAGUGUUUUUCUCAGCUCCCACAUCUUGUGA